AUGAUGCGUUUCGUAUCGCUAUUUCUGGCGCUGGUGGCGCUGUUCUUUGCAAACGGCGUGGUUGCGCCCGACCCGCCGUCGUUCACACCAGGACUAGCGACUAACGCACCUGCUGCGUCUGGCACAUCAGCGCAGGGCUCAGCCACAGCCACUUCUGCCAACAUCCCGUCGUCGGCACCCGUGGGUGGCAUCACGGUGACGCAGCCCAUCCAGACGGCCGACCCGUCGUACUACAAGAUCGCACGCGGCGUCGACGUCACGUUCGGCUGGAACUUUACGUCGGUGCUGCAGUAUCCGCGCACGCUCACCGUGCAGGCGUACUGCUCGGACAACCUCAACACGUACAACAUUGCGACCGAUCUGCCCGGCACAGCGACGAGCGUGGUGUGGUCGCCGUACAACUACUCGACGAGCGUAGAGGUGUCGAAUCCGAACCUGCCGCAGCUCAUCGCCGCUUCGUACAGGCUGCUGGUGUACGACGAGCGCGGCAUGAACGUGGGUGCCUCGCCCGGCCUCAUGCAGCCCAACAUCAAGGUCCAGUUUGCGCUCUACAACCCGCAGGCCUACACGCCGCUUGCGAGUGGAUGGAUCUGCGCGGCGUGCAGCGGUGCAACCGGCCUCAAGGCAACGCAUCCUGCGUUUGUCGGCCUGCUGGCUACGGUGGUGAUUGCCGUGGUGUCUGGCUGGAACCUCCUCUCGAGACAGACGGGCAUGGCCGGGCUGGUCGACGACGAGUGA